UCUCUCUCUCUCUCUCUCUCUCUUUUCUCACUGCUACGCGUAGGUUUGGAGAUUCUUGGUCAGUUCGAAGCAUCUUCCGCUCUGACCUCCCCAUUAUCGCCGACCGUCUAUGUCUGGAAGAAAAGGAAAGCUCUUUCAAAGGAAAGAAACGGUCAGCAUUAAGCUAAUUCUCCAUUCUCUUUCUGAAUUCCCAUUGCGCGUCUGACCGAAGACCGGUCUUUGGGAGACGAAGGACACAAAAUAAAACAGAGGAGCCCCCCUUUCCAAGCCCAGCGUACGCCUGGAUUUUACAAACGAGCCAAAACGUUAAAUCCGAACGCGUUACCGCCCGCUCCCUUUUCAGCGUUUAUAAGUUUAGGCCCUUCGUUUAUUCGCCUUCCCUCACUCAUCCAGCGACCUCCCCUUCCUCUUCUCUUGCCCUCUAACUGAAGCUAGAAGGAUAGAAACAGGGCAAGGUUUGAGGUCCCACGUCGAGUUCUCUUCUUAAGAGAGCUCGAUUGAAACUUCUACUCCUAGCUAGUGGAUCCAAACAACACUAGUUGUUCCUGCUUUCCCUGUAACCACUUCCAAAAUUGGCUCCUUUUGGUCUUGAGCACCAUUCCUCUCUUUUCAUACUUCCUGGUUCUUAUUUUUUCUUGCUUUAUCUUUACUUGUUCCACUUGUUUCAUCCAAAUUUAGCUUCGGAACCGCUCCUUUUUAGUGUACUUGUUCAACUUUCUACUGUACAUCUCCCAAUUCAUCUGGCUUCUAGACUACCUCUUCUCUUCUUCUGUAUAAUUUUAUAUGGUUUCCGAUACUAAGACCAUGCUUGACUAAUAUUCUCCUUAAGACUAACUACAAGAGAAAGACAUUAUUUCGUGGCAAUUCUUCUUACUAUAAUUCAUUCCACGACCUCUCCAAUUCCAUCCUCCCGCCCAUUUGCUCAGCUUUCUUUGCCGGCUACCUUGUUGUACUCCCAAAGGCCAUAAUGGAGCAUAGAACAGGUGGCGACCGAAGCCUGCUAAUCUCCGAGCUAAUUCAAGUUCAGGAGCUAGUGAGGCAACUCGAAGCGCAUCUCGAUCAGCCUAGCCCGAUCGAAUUCUGCAAAUCUUUAGCACGAAAAAUACUGCCUUCUGUUGAGAAGUCCAUUUCUCUGGCCAGAAUGAGUGAUUCGGAGGGCCAGAAGCAGCUUGCUGGCACUGAAUCCCCACGCUCCGCCACCGAGAGCCCGCGCAGCGAGAAUUCCAAUCAAGCCUUCAAGGAUAGCGACCGCAAGGAGAUGUCCAAGAAGAGGAAGACGCUGCCAAAGCGGACGAGCCAGGUCGCGGUGUCCCCAGGGGCAGGAGUCGAGGGGCCUUUAGAUGAUGGCUAUAGCUGGAGGAAGUAUGGACAGAAAGAAAUACUUGGAGCCAAAUAUCCAAGAGGCUACUAUCGAUGCACGCAUCGCAACACUCAGGGCUGCACAGCAACAAAACAAGUGCAACGAUCCGACGAGAACCCCUUGGUCUUUGAUGUCACCUACCAUGGGGCUCACACAUGCCUCCAAAGGUUCCCGUCCGUCCCAAAUUCAGUGUCCCCGUAUCAAGAGCUGAAACAGAGCAAGCCUAAUUUCCAGGAGCAUGCUCAGCAGCAGCAGCAGCAGCAGCAGCAGGACCACAACCUGCUUCUAACCUUCCAAAGAGAUCUCAAAGUUAAAACCCAAGGCUCAGACUCAGAUACUCAUGAGUACCAGAGCUCUCUAUCCUUCUCCUUCCCCUCCACACCUGUCAGUGGCAUAAAGGCUGAGAACCAUGUCUUUUCCUCGGCUUCGACACUGGAUAAUGGUUUCAUGGGCAGCUUCUCUCCUUCAUUCCUCUCGCCAACAACAUCGGAGUCCAACUACUUCUCAGUGUCCCCUGGCUGCAUGAGUAAUUAUGGAGGGGGCCUCAAUCUUCAGAAGACCGAGUCCAACCUCACAGAAAUAAUACCUGCUGCAACCUCGGCUACCAAUUCUCCUUUGAUGGACAUGGAUUUCUUGCUUGAACCGCUGGAGUUCGACCCAAAAUUUCAACUUGAUGCUUCCAGCUUCUACUCAUAAGGCUCGGAGUCAGAAUCCAAUAGAUAGGAGGCUAUUAGAUCAGUGCUUAGCCUAAAAUCCUGGCCAGCAAAGAAGAAAGUGGCACAAGUAGCUAGCUCCGAUUGUAUUAAGGUCAUCUCCAUUAAAGGCCAAGUGAUUUUGUUUUCUGGCUAACGUAGGUAAAACUAGAAGAGAGCUAUUAUGUUCUGUUUCUCUUUUUGGAUUGUCUAGUUGUAAUCGUUAUUAUUCUAAUAGCUUAAUUACUUAAAAAAAAAUCUUAAACUUUGCACC